GAGUCCACAUUGUAGAUGUGGAGAUUUCUACAAACUGCAAGUGAGCAGUAAGUCCUUGUGGGUAGUGGUGGCCAAUAAGAGAAUGGACUCAAAAGACAUAGUGAGUGGAAGACUGAGCGCAGUCCUCGUACAAUAGAAGAUGUCUGAUGUUUGACAAGUAUUGUUUGCAGAAAUGAGUACAUGUUCGACUGAUUUUAAAAUGUGACUGUUACUAGACCAUAAUAUUUCUUUUUAAAAAAAUUUUUAUUAGAUAUAUUUCUUUACUUACUUUUCCAAUGUUUUUCCCCUUCCUGGAUUCCGGUCCAUGAGCCCCCAUCCCUUUUCCCUCACCCUCUCCCAUAUCGGUUUUCCUGGGCCGGAGAGAUGGCUCAGUGGUUAAGAGCACUGACUGAAAGAACCAAAAAAAAACCAAAAAAAAACAAACAAAAAAAAAAAAAAAGAGCACUGAUUGCUCUUCCAGAGGUCUUGAUGAAUCCAAUUCCCUGCAACCACAUGUUGACUGACGACUAUCUAUAAUGAGAUAUGAUGAUCUCUCCUGGUGUGUCUGAUGAUAGCUACUGUAUACUUAUAUAUAAUAAGUACUUCUUAGUAAGUCCAGACAUUUCUAUAAUCCAUGAAUCUCCUAAGUGACUUUACCCUCAGGAAAAUGCAUGCAAUUUUUAUCUACCUUUGGACACUGCUAUUUUAGGAUCCUGUAUGAGAGCAUCUCCUUGGUUUCUCUAUUUCAUGUGUAUUUACACUAAGGAGAAAUUGUGGCUAUGUAGCAGUUUGUAAUAUGUUCAUCAAGUUUGUCUUCUGAGAAUAGAGCAUUUUCUAUUUGAUUCUAUGAGGGUAUGUUGAAAGCUCUUCAUCUAGAAAAACAACAAGUGUUUUUCCCAAUUAUCCAGCAUUUUUAGAUGCAGGGAGUCAAUUACUGUAUAUUUCCAUUUAAGUUCUUCUUUAUGGAUUUUAAAAUAAUAUAAACUUAUAUUCUUUGUGCCACAUUCAAACAGUUAAAAUAUUGUAGUGCUUUACUUAGAUAUUUUGAUAUCCAGUCUGAGGCUGCUUUAUCACUGUGAGCUGCUCAAGGUUAAGAAACCUGUUUCUAUAUAACCUAUAGCCCUAUAGUGAGGGGCUGUGUGAAUGAAGAGUGGCAAUUUAAUGAUUUUUGAAUGUGACUCAGUGGACCAAUGUGUUUCUAUAAAGCAGUUUCACCGGUUCUAUGGUAUGGACAGUGCUAGCAAUUAAAUUGCCAUUUAUUUGUAAAUGAAAACUGUGCAUUUUGUGAUUCCCCACAAUGGAAGAGUAAGACUGUUAGAAGGGGCCUCAUUAAUAUUAAUAAUCAUCUUAAACUAGAAGCAGAAUAAUUGACUGAUAAUGAAUUAAGCUUAGUCUCAACAAGAACAAGGUCAAGUUUGUCAGUUAAUGAUUUUCUCUUAAUCUAGGCUAGCAUAAAUAUUUUAACUUCUUGAUGGUAUCCUAUUAAGUUGUAAAUAGGCAUAUAAGAAGAUAUUUUAUAUUUAAUAAUUUUGAUUUUCAUGUGUCAAUAUCCUGUAAUUCCUAAAGAACAUUGUUGAUUUGAAAGCAUGCAUCCUAAAAGAAUAGAGUUAAUUUCAAGACCAAAUAAAAAGUAAACUCUCUUCUCUGCAUUGCAGGGAGAAUCGGGAAGAAAAUUCCAUAUAAUACCUAAGAAGAUCCAAAACAUUUUUAGAAAAUCUGGAGUUUAUGUGUGUUCUCGAGGAGAGCCAGUACCUGAUGUAUGGAAAGCAAAAAAAUCCAUAAUGGAUGAAAAAUAUAAAACAGAUAAUUUCUAUGCUGUGUCUUCUGAGCAUAGAAAUUCUAUUCCUAAGGCUACUGCUGAUCGUGAAGCUUCCACCUCUACUGCUGACAGCCUGGAUGCUGCCGAGCCUGACCCAACAAAUUCUACAAAUGCUACUGACUGUCUGGCUGCUCUUGAGCGUGAGCUGACUAAUUCCAACAACACUGCUGACUGUCUGGCUGACCUUGAGCCUGAUCCGACGAUUUCUACCAAUGCCGCUGACUUUCAGGCUGCUGUUGCACGAGAGCCUGCUAUGUCCACCAACCCUGCUGACAGUAUGGCAGCUGUUGAGCCUGAGCCGACUAUGUCCACCCACCCUGCUGACAUUCUGACUGCUGAUGAGCCUGAACAUAAUAAUUCUACCAAAGCUGCUGACUGUCGGGCUGACCUUGAGCCUGAGCCAAACAGGUCCACCCACCCUGCUGACAGUCUGCCUGAUGUGGAACCAGAGCCAACUAUGUCCACCCACCCUGCUGACACUCUGGCUGCUCUUGAGCCUGAACUGACUAAUUCCAACAACACUGCUGACUGUCUGGCUGACCUUGAGCCUGAUCCGACGAUUUCUACCAAUGCCGCUGACUUUCAGGCUGCUGUUGCACGAGAGCCUGCUAUGUCCACCAACCCUGCUGACAGUAUGGCAGCUGUUGAGCCUGAGCCGACUAUGUCCACCCACCCUGCUGACAUUCUGACUGCUGAUGAGCCUGAACAUAAUAAUUCUACCAAAGCUGCUGACUGUCGGGCUGACCUUGAGCCUGAGCCAAACAGGUCCACCCACCCUGCUGACAGUCUGCCUGAUGUGGAACCAGAGCCAACUAUGUCCACCCACCCUGCUGACACUCUGGCUGCUCUUGAGCCUGAGCUGACCAAUUUCAACAACACUGCUGACUGGCUGGCUGACCUUGAGCCUGAUCCGACUAUUUCUACCAAUGCCGCUGACUUUCAGGCUGCUGUUGCACCAGAGCCCGCUAUGUCCACCCACCCUGCUGACACUCUGGCUGCUCUUGAGCCUGAGCUGACUAAUUUCAACAACACUGCUGACUGUCUGGCUGACUUUGAGCCUGAUCCGACUAUUUCUACCAAUGCCGCUGACUGUCGGGCUGCUGUUGCACCAGAGCCCGCUAUGUCCACCAACCCUGCUGACAGUAUGGCAGCUGUUGAGCCUGAGCCGACUAUGUCCACCCACCCUGCUGACAUUCUGACUGCUGACGAGCCUGCACAUAAUACUUCUACCAAAGCUGCUGACUGUCGGGCUGACCUUGAGCCUGAGCCAAACAUGUCCACCCACCCUGCUGACAGUCUGCCUGAUGUGGAUCCAGAGCCAACUAUGUCCACCCACCCUGCUGACACUCUGGCUGCUCUUGAGCCUGAGCUGACCAAUUUCAACAACACUGCUGACUGGCUGGCUGACCUUGAGCCUGAUCCGAGUAUUUCUACCAAUGCCGCUGACUUUCAGGCUGCUGUUGUACCAGAGCCAACUAUGUCCACCUACCCUGCUGACUGUCUGCCAGAUGUGGAACCAGAGCCAACUAUGUCUACCCACCCUGCUGACACUCUGGCUGCUCUUGAGCCUGAGCUGACUAAUUUCAACAACACUGCUGACUGUCUGGCUGACCUUGAGCCUGAUCCAACGAUUUCUACCAAUGCCGCUGACUGUCGGGCUGCUGUUGCACCAGAGCCCGCUAUGUCCACCAACCCUGCUGACAGUAUGGCAGCUGUUGAGCCUGAGCCGACUAUGUCCACCCACCCUGCUGACAUUCUGACUGCUGAUGAGCCUGAACAUAAUAAUUCUACCAAAGCUGCUGACUGUCGGGCUGACCUUGAGCCUGAGCCAAACAGGUCCACCCACCCUGCUGACAGUCUGCCUGAUGUGGAACCAGAGCCAACUAUGUCCACCCACCCUGCUGACACUCUGGCUGCUCUUGAGCCUGAGCUGACCAAUUUCAACAACACUGCUGACUGGCUGGCUGACCUUGAGCCUGAUCCGACUAUUUCUACCAAUGCCGCUGACUUUCAGGCUGCUGUUGCACCAGAGCCCGCUAUGUCCACCCACCCUGCUGACACUCUGGCUGCUCUUGAGCCUGAGCUGACUAAUUUCAACAACACUGCUGACUGUCUGGCUGACUUUGAGCCUGAUCCGACUAUUUCUACCAAUGCCGCUGACUGUCGGGCUGCUGUUGCACCAGAGCCCGCUAUGUCCACCAACCCUGCUGACAGUAUGGCAGCUGUUGAGCCUGAGCCGACUAUGUCCACCCACCCUGCUGACAUUCUGACUGCUGACGAGCCUGCACAUAAUACUUCUACCAAAGCUGCUGACUGUCGGGCUGACCUUGAGCCUGAGCCAAACAUGUCCACCCACCCUGCUGACAGUCUGCCUGAUGUGGAACCAGAGCCAACUAUGUCCACCCACCCUGCUGACACUCUGGCUGCUCUUGAGCCUGAGCUGACCAAUUUCAACAACACUGCUGACUGGCUGGCUGACCUUGAGCCUGAUCCGAGUAUUUCUACCAAUGCCGCUGACUUUCAGGCUGCUGUUGUACCAGAGCCAACUAUGUCCACCUACCCUGCUGACUGUCUGCCAGAUGUGGAACCAGAGCCAACUAUGUCCACCCACCCUGCUGACACUCUGGCUGCUCUUGAGCCUGAGCUGACUAAUUUCAACAACACUGCUGACUGUCUGGCUGACCUUGAGCCUGAUCCGACUAUUUCUACCAAUGCCGCUGACUGUCGGGCUGCUGUUGCACCAGAGCCCGCUAUGUCCACCAACCCUGCUGACAGUAUGGCAGCUGUUGAGCCUGAGCCGACUAUGUCCACCCACCCUGCUGACAUUCUGACUGCUGACGAGGCUGCACAUAAUACUUCUACCAAAGCUGCUGACUGUCGGGCUGACCUUGAGCCUGAGCCAAACAUGUCCACCCACCCUGCUGACAGUCUGCCUGAUGUGGAACCAGAGCCAACUAUGUCCACCCACCCUGCUGACACUCUGGCUGCUCUUGAGCCUGAGCUGACCAAUUUCAAUAACACUGCUGACUGGCUGGCUGACCUUGAGCCUGAUCCGAGUAUUUCUACCAAUGCCGCUGACUUUCAGGCUGCUGUUGCACCAGAGCCAACUAUGUCCACCUACCCUGCUGACUGUCUGCCAGAUGUGGAACCAGAGCCAACUAUGUCCACCCACCCUGCUGACACUCUGGCUGCUCUUGAGCCUGAGCUGACUAAUUUCAACAACACUGCUGACUGUCUGGCUGACCUUGAGCCUGAUCCGACUAUUUCUACCAAUGCCGCUGACUGUCGGGCUGCUGUUGCACCAGAGCCCGCUAUGUCCACCAACCCUGCUGACAGUAUGGCAGCUGUUGAGCCUGAGCCGACUAUGUCCACCCACCCUGCUGACAUUCUGACUGCUGACGAGCCUGCACAUAAUACUUCUACCAAAGCUGCUGACUGUCUGGCUGACCUUGAGCCUGAGCCAAACAUGUCCACCCACCCUGCUGACAGUCUGCCUGAUGUGGAACCAGAGCCAACUAUGUCCAAUCACCCUGCUGACACACUGGCUGCUCUUGAGCCUGAGUCGACUAAAUCCUCCAAUGCUGCUGACUGUCUGGCCUAUGUUGAGCCAGAGCCAGCUAUGUCCACCCACCAUGCCGACAGUCUGGCUGCUCUUGAGCAUGAGCUGUCUCAUGCCAACAAAGCUGCUGACUGUCUGGCUUCUCUCAAGGCUGAGCCAACCAUGUCCACCCAGCCUGCUGACAGUUCAGCAGCUGUUGAGCCUGAGCCUACAAUUUCCAUCAGAGCUGCUGAUUGUCUGGCUAAUGUUCUGCCUGAGCUAACUAUGUCAACCCACCCUGCUGGCUGUCUGGACUCUGUUCAGCUUGAGUCAUCUAUGUCCACACACCCAGCUGAUAAUAUGGCUACUGAUGAGCUUGAGACUACAAAUUCGACGAACGCUGCUUACUGUCUGGCUGCUCUUGAGCCUGAGUCGACUAAAUCCUCCAAUGCUGCUGACUGUCUGGCCUAUGUUGAGUCAGAGCCAGGUAUGUCCACCCACCGUGCCGACAGUCUGGCUGCUCUUGAGCAUGAGCUGUCUCAUGCCAACAAAGCUGCUGACUGUCUGCCUUCUCUCAAGGCUGAGCCAACCAUGUCCACCCAGCCUGCUGACAGUUCGGCAGCUGUUGAGCCUGAGCCUACAAUUUCCAUCAGAGCUGCUGAUUGUCUGGCUAAUGUUCUGCCUGAGCUAACUAUGUCAACCCACCCUGCUGGCUGUCUGGACUCUGUUCAGCUUGAGUCAUCUAUGUCCACACACCCAGCUGAUAAUAUGGUUACUGAUGAGCUUGAGACUACAAAUUCGACGAACGCUGCUUACUGUCUGGCUGCUCUUGAGCCUGAGUCGACUAAAUCCUCCAAUGCUGCUGACUGUCUGGCCUAUGUUGAGCCAGAGCCAGGUAUGUCCACCCACCAUGCCGACAGUCUGGCUGCUCUUGAGCAUGAGCUGUCUCAUGCCAACAAAGAUGCUGACUGUCUGCCUUCUCUCAAGACUGACCUGAUUAAUUCCAUCAAUGCUACUGAUUGUCUGUCUUCUGUUGGGCCUGAGACAACCAUGUCCACCCAGCCUGCUGACAGUGUGGCAGCUGUUGAGCCUGAACAUAAUAGUUCCACCAAUGCUGCUGACGGUCUGGACUCUGUUGAACAAGAGCCAGCUAAGCCCACCCACCGUUCCGACAGUCUGGCUGCUCUUGAGCAUGAGCUGACUAAUUCCAACAACACUGCUGACUGUCUGGCUUCUCAGAAGGCUGAGUCAAUUGAUUCUACCAAUGCUACUGAUUGUUUGGCUUCUGUUGGGACUGAGACAACUAUGUCCACCCACCCUGCUGACAAUAUGGCUACUGAUGAGCUUGAGCCUACACAUUCCACCAAUGCUGCUUACUGUCUGGCUGCUCUUGAGCCUGAGUCGACUAAAUCCUCCAGUGCUGCUGACUGCCUGGCCUAUGUUGAGCCAGAGCCAGCUAUGUCCACCCACCGUGCCGACAGUCUGGCUGCUCUUGAGCAUGAGCUGUCUCAUGCCAACAAAGAUGCUGGCUGUCUGGCUUCUCUCAAGGCUGAGCUGAUUAAUUCCACCAAUGCUACUGAUUGUCUGGCUUCUGUUGGGACUGAGACAACUAUGUCCACCCAGCCUGCUGACAGUUUGGCAGCUGUUGAGCUUGAACAUAAUAAUUCUACCAAUGCUGCUGACGGUCUGCACUCUAUUGAACAAGAGCCAGCUAUGCCCACCCACCGUUCCGACAGUCUGGCUGCUCUUGAGCAUGAGCUGUCUCAUGCCAAUAAAGCUGCUGACUGUCUGGCUUCUCUCAAGGCUGAGCCAACCAUGUCCACCCAGCCUGCUGACACUUUGGCAUCUGUUGAGCCUGAGCCUACUUUUUCCACCAAAGCUGCUGAUUGUCUGGCUACUGUUCAGCCUGAGCUAACUAGGUCAAACCACCCUGCUGACUGUCUGGAUUCUGUUCAGCCUGAGUCAUAUAUGUCCCCACACCCUGCUGACAGUUUGGUAGCUACUGAGCCUGAACUGACUAAUUCCACCAAAGCUGCUGACUUUCUGGGUGCUGUUGAUCCCGAGUCAACCAAAUCCAUCCACCCUGCUGACAGUAUGGCAGUUGAUGAGCCUGAGCUGCCUAAUUCCAACAUUGCUGCUGACUGUCUGGACGACCUUGAGCCUGAUACGACUAUUUCUACCAAUGCCGCUGACUGUCAGGCUGCUGUUGGGUCUGAGACAACCCUGUCCACCCAGCCUGCUGACAGUUUGGCAGCUGUUGAGCCUGAGCGGACUAAUUCCACCAAAGCUGCUGACUGUCUGGACUCUGCUGAGCCAGAGCCAACUAUGGCCACCCACCAUGCUGACAUUCUGACUGCUGUUGAGCCUGAACAUACUAAUUGCUCCAGUACUGCUGACUGUCUGCCUGCUGUUCAGCCUGAGUCCAGUAUGUCCACCCACCCUGCUGACAGUAUGGCUGCUAUUGAUGCUGAGCCUACAGAUCCUGCCAUUGUUGCUGACUGUCUGGCUGCUCUUGAACCUCGGCUGUCUGUUACAUGUGCUGCUGACAGUAGUGUGUUAGUUGAGAGUCAUGACUCAGGACCAGCUAGUCACAUUGGAUUGGAUUAUGUAGUUGAUUUACCUCUUUACAAGGAGAGUACAAGGUACAAACCCCAUGCUGACCCAGAGCCCACUCCUGGUUCCUGCACUUGUUAUUCCCUUGACUCCAUUCAAAUGACUAACCUGACUCUUUUGAUAUCCCUUAGUGAAGAAGAAAUAUUUGAUUCUGCUACUUCAGAUGAGGAAUCUUCUUUUACUCCUGACGUAGAAGAAGGUCUGCCUGCUACUCAGGGUGCUGAGGAUAUUUUUCAUGCUUCCGCACGAGCUGAACCAAUAAACCACAGCUUGAACCUUCUCAGGGAGAGUGGAUAUCUUCGGGCAACAGAGAUACCACGCAUACCUUUUUUGCUCUUCAUAUGGCUUAUAUCCUCACUCUUAUCCAUCAUAACAUGGAUGAAAAUCCAAAUUCAACAAGCAUGGCAUGAAGAAAAUGGCCAAGGAGCUCCCACUAAGAAGAGAGUCGGACCAGUGGCUGCGGCUCCUGAUCCCUAG